AUGGGCAGCCAGGGGAGAGCAACAGCCUACAUCUGGGCCGGAGCAGAGCCGGGCUCGCGGCAGAUCCAGCUGCCCCAUUUCCACUUCAAGGUGAUGAAGAAGAAACGCAAACGCCAGGAGGAGAGGCUGGGCCCAGGGACGUACAACAUCAGGGGCUUCCUGCAGGAGACGCGGCCCUCCAGCCUUCGGGGCAUCUGUGACACACGGGAGCCGAGGUUCAGGAGUGGCCGGCGGGACUGCUUCCCUGGCCCCGGCACCUACGGCCCCCGGGGGAACCCCUACACCCCGCUGGAGGAGAGGGACAAGCGCUCUGCCAGCACGCGAGGGCUGAUGGACAGCAGGACGGAGAAGUGUGCUCUACCAUCAGCCACGGGCAGCGGCCUGGGGCCCGGCACCUACUCCCUGCCCAGCAGCAUCGAUGAGGGGCUGCGGCGGGCGGGCGGCCGCGUCCCCUGCCAGGUCUCAGGGGACAAGACGAAGCCCAGCAGUGGCCGGCGGCACGACUGGGAGAGGAAAGGCACCGAGCUGAGCGCUGGCACUGCCAAGAGUUUCCUGGAUGAGCUGAUGUCGAAGGAAAACAAGAAGAAAGGAUGCUUCAGCACCCUGCCGAGGAACCCAGGCUGCCCCUCGGAGAGGAUCUUCUGGGCCACGCUCAGCCAGUGCCCGAGGGAUGCGUAUGUGGUGGGGCCCGGCUCGUACGAUCCCAAGCCUGUUGAGGGAUCGGCAGACUUCAACCAGCCCCCGUUCUGGUCAUCUGCCAAGAGGUUUGACAGAAAGUCCGACCGCCUCUUCACUGGGAACGAGCAGCAUCAGCAGCACGUUGAAGAGCCAAAUCCUGUAGGCGUUGGCCGCUACGAUGUCACCAAGGGUGAAAACUACCCUCGGAAGCUCAGGUACCAGUCCCUGUACCUGCAUGACACUCAGCGGUACCUGAGCAACCUGAAGCAGGACGCCUACCUGCUUGAGCGGCUCAGGCCUGUUGCGAAAAACAACUGGAGAGAUUUGAUUUCUGCUCCACGCUGCCCAGCCAUUUGUGAAGAAGUCACUCCUGUUUUCCACAUGUAAGGUGGUGCUGGGAAGCUCGGAUCGGUGAAUAAACCACAGACACGCCAGCAGAUGGGAUGGCGCAGACGAGAAUACUGGCAACAGGAGGUAGGAAACAACUCAAGUCUUGUGCUGCCGUAAUAAAACACUCCUUAGACAAUCAUCACUCUAAAUUGUCU